AUGGCCCCAAAACGCCAACAAGCAACCUCCCCCUCCGCCGCCGCCAUCUCAACCCCCAGCACAACCACAACCGGCACAUCAACACCCACCACCACAAUCUCAUCUUCAACAACAACAGCAGCAGUUGCCCUGUCGCCCAAGGCAUCCGUCGCCGAAAUCACACAACACAUCCUAAACCGCUACUUUGCGCAGACGCCGCAGCGGACGUUCCUUCUUGAUGCGUUUAUGGUGUAUCUGGUGCUUGUGGGAGGGAUACAGUUUGUGUAUUGUGUCGUUGCUGGAAAUUACCCAUUCAACGCCUUCCUAGCAGGUUUCUCAGCCGCCGUCGGCCAGUUUGUGCUCACUGCUAGUUUGAGGAUGCAGACUACUUCCUCUUCUUCCGCCUCCACGAAUGUCUCGAUCUCGUCGAAAGGGAAAUUACAGACUACUUCUAGUACAGAGCAGGAGGGAACGCAGGAAGUUUCCCAUGAAAGGUUCGUCCCUUUUCCUUAUAAGCUGUAG